AUGAACUGUGCCAGACUCUACCUGGUGGCGUUCUGGUACAAGGACUGUCACUAUGCAAACCCCAGCAAGGUUUAUCACUGGGGGGCUGAUGACACUAUACAUGGUGUAGGAGUGGUGUGGUCCCACUGGAAGGGCUUUAACUACUCCUUGAAGACCAUCAGCAUGGAUCUCAGUACUUUCAUGGCUACAGAUGUUAGGGCAACUGGUCUGAAGUCAUUGAGCCUCUGUUCUGUGUCUGCUGCUGUAUUUCUGUUGCAGCUGGUUUCAGUGGUUCUCCUCCUGCUGGCUCCAGUGUUGACCUCCUGCUUCUUUCUCCCGCUGGACUGCAGUGACAUCUAUCACCAUAACAACAGCCAAUCCAGUGGUAUGUACACCAUCUAUCCUAUCGGAGUCACGUCUGCUGUCCAGGUGUACUGUGACAUGGACUCAGACGGAGGACGGUGGACGGUGUUCCAGAGGAGGAUGGACGGCUCGCUGAACUUCUACAGGCCCUGGGAUCACUACAAGAAGGGCUUUGGUAUCGCUGCUGGAGAGUACUGGCUCGGCCUUGAGAAUCUCUUCUAUCUGACUCAGAACAAGUCCGAGCUGCUGGUCGACAUGGAGGACUUCAGUGGAAACAAAGUGUUUGCUCGUUACUCCUCGUUCUCCAUUGAAUCAGAGUCCAACGGAUACAAACUGCAUGUGUCUGGAUUCACUGAUGGAGGAGCAGGAGACGGCCUGCGUGUUCACAACGGACAGAAGUUCUCCACCUUUGACAACGACCAGGACUCCAGCAGCAACAACUGUGCCAAACUCUACCUGGGGGCGUUCUGGUACAAAAACUGUCACGCAGCAAACCCCAACGGGGUUUAUCGCUGGGGGGAAGAUGAGACUAUCUAUGCCAUUGGAGUGGUGUGGAAGAACUGGAAGGACUUUAACUACUCCCUGAAGGCCAUCAGCAUGAAGAUUCGUCCUGUGCAGUAAUUCUCCAGAACGAACAAACAGCAGAAUAUCUGUUGAUCUCUUUCUUUCUUUCUCUCUGAUCUAGUCUGUAACUUCACAUAUACUUCAAAUAA